AUGCUGUCCGUGAGGCGGCGGCAGGAGGAUGCGGGCGUCCGCGUAGCGGCAGCAGCGCAGGCGCAGCAGCCCCGUGGCGGACUCCGCAUGGACGACGACGCCGAGCUCGAGGAGGGGGAGGCCUGCGGGGACGACACCGCCUUCGUCGACCCCGACGUCGCGCUCUCUUACAUUGACGAAAAACUUCAAGAUGUACUUGGCCAUUUUCAGAAAGACUUCGAAGGAGGCGUAUCUGCAGAGAAUCUAGGGUCGAAAUUUGGUGGAUAUGGUUCAUUUUUACCUACAUACCAGCGCUCUCCUCUUCCUCAAACUAGAAGUCCACCUAAGGCAGCAAAUGUUACCUCAAAAUCUCCCUUUCACCAGUCUAGUGAGGGCAUGUCUCAAAAACCUCUGGCUGUGGCUGUUUCGUCUACCCCCCAAAGUAAUGGUCCUAUGGUGCCUUUUUCUGGUGAUUCAAUUAAAAAGGAAAUACGCCCAACCACAAAGGCGGAAAGGGGUUCCGUCUCCCAUGAUUCAUACGGACCAUCGAAAUCCAGUGACCAAAAUAGACUUAAAGUCCGGAUAAAAGUUGGCUCUGAUAAUGUUGUGGCAAGAAACAAUGCGGCUAUCUACAGUGGUCUGGGCCUUGAUAUUUCUUCACCUUCAUCCAUCGAGGAUAGCCCCGAUGGCUGUGGGAGCCUAUCCCCUGAAGUUAACAAUGUGCCACAUGAAUCCCCACAAACCAUUCUUCAGAUCAUGACAUGCUUUUCAGUUCCUGGAGGCUUCCUGUUAUCCCCUCUACCAGCCAAUAUAUUGCAAUUGACAAAAAAGGUUGUGGCUUCGUCAAAGAAGUGGGAAUCAAAUGUGGACAUAGAAAAUGUACAAGAACCAUAUGAAGGCCAUGUGGCUAAAAAGGUGAAACCUGAUGGUAAGAAAAAGAAGCUGAUAGAUGCAAAAAAUUCAAAGAACAAAAAUGAUAUUAGUGCAGUUAUGAGAAAGGAGAUUGAUAUAGAAACAGUAGCUGGUCAAAAGAUCAUAUCUGAAGCUCUCAACAUAUCAUUGCUAUCUGAUCCCAGAGCUAUGGAUGCAAAAGGUGAGAAUCGACUUGAAGAGGAGCCAGCAGAAAACAACUUCGGCAGAACUAGAGAUGCUCGAUUGAAAGAGCGGUCCACCAAGACUGACUCCAUGACUAUCAAAGUGGAACCUGUCAAAGCAGAGGCGAUGGAAUGCUUAGAGAACAGUAGUUUUGGCAGUUCAGAAAUGGAUUUUUCAGCAGCGAAAGGGGAACCAAAACCCAAGACAGAAAAGGGAGAGACAACUUUAGAAGAGAGGAAUACAACUAAUGACAAAGACCUAAUAUCAGAUAGGAAGCAAGAAAAGAAAAUAAAACCUGAGAGUAAAUGUGAUGCCUUUAACUUUGAAGUUAAGGAGAGGAAAAGUGACAUGCAGUCCAAAUCUAGCCAUACUGGAAAGAAACCCAAAGCAAAAUCACAUAGAGGUGUUAGGGACAACUUGCCCGGAGGAUCUUAUGGAAGCAAGGAACAGGACACAUUGGAGAAUGAAAGUGCCUUUGGAGAUACUCGACCAAAGGAAAAUCCAUGGAAAUAUGACAGCGAGAGGGAUUCUGAUGCACCUGGGAUCUCGAGGAGGGAGAUUUCUUCUAGUGUAAAGCAUGACAAGCACUUGCCUUCUGAGGAGCAGAAGAUGCAUAUACCUCCACCUGCCACUGUAUCAACUGCAAAUGCAGCUCCUACACAUGCAGCCCCAGUUGUAAUAGAGGAACAUUGGGUGAGCUGUGACAUAUGCGAUAAAUGGCGUCUCCUACCUUAUGAAAUGAAUCCUUUAAAUCUUCCUAAGAAGUGGAAAUGUAGCAUGCUACAUUGGCUACCUGGGAUGAAUAGGUGUGAGAUUAGUGAAGAGGAGACUACGAAUGCUCUGAAUGCACUUUAUGUCCCUGCCCCUGCAAAUGGUAUUCCUGCAGUUGGUCAUCCUCAUGUUGCUUCAUCAGGACUAGUAACAUCCAGCACUCCCAAUAUGAAUGGACAUAUUGAGCAGAAUAGAAAAAGAAAAAAUGUUCUAAGUGAUGGAAAUUUUGUGGCUGAGGGUUCUCACCAAACACAGGGUUCAGGUCAUCCAAUGAGCAACCAACAUGCUCCUAGUAAAAGUAAAACUUAUACUGAUGGUAUCCAGUAUCCGAUUGAGAGAGAUUCUGUAAGCAAAUCGGUUGACCCAACAAUUGAAAAGAAAAGGUCCAAGAGCAAGCAUCACAGUAGCUAUUCUGAUGGAGGAGAUCUUGUUGACAGAUCUAAGAAGCAUUCUAAAGUAAAAAGCAAGAGAGACUUGGAUCGUGAUGAAUACAAAGCUUCUAAGAAAAUUAGGAAAGAAGAGCGACGCCAUUCUGAUAGAGAUUGGAACCUUGGAUCUGAUUUAGCUAGUGGAGAUGUUCCUGAUGAGGCCAAGACUUUGCCUGUGAAGUCAGCAACCUCAAAGGGUUCAGGUGAAAGGAGUGAUCUUUCUUCAUCAAAGCAAAAAAGUAUCUCAUGGCAUAACCGUUUGGAAAAUUCCAAGAGAGCAAGGCAAGAUGAUGUAGUUGUUCCUGAAGACGAGAGCAAGGAAUAUUUUCACCAGUCAGAUGUACAAAGAUCAGAUUUGUCUAGUAAGAAGAGGAUAGUGAAGGAAUGGGAGGAGAGUCAGUACAAUCCAGUAGCUCAUGUAAGCAAAGGAACUAUCAAGGAAACCUAUAGGGAUCAGAACUUAAAGGAAGCAAAGUUGAAGUCAUUGAAUUCUGAAGAACUGUUUUCUAUGACGAGCUCCAAACCACCAAAAGCUCAACAUGCUGAUCAGGUUUUGUCUCAUGAUGGGGGGCGUAUGAACAGCGAGUUAGUUGAGGAUAACACACUCUUUAGUGGCAAAAGAGGUCUGCCUGAACAAGAAAAGAGCCUUUCUGAUCAGGCUUUGGACUUGGGUGAACCUGCUAGUGAUGUUGCCUAUAUUCAGACUUCAGCUGUAACUUCAAGUUCUUCAAAGGCUUCAGUCUCACAAAAAAAGAAGCAGACCACUCAAGCUAUGAAGACUUCGCCAAUUGAGCCUCUUUCUUCAUCAUCACAGAGAAACUCCAACAUUGACAAGGUCUCUGUCUCUCAUAGUAGAAUUUCAGGUAAGGAUGGAUCUCUGAAUGCUAACUCAACCACUGUGCCGACCAUGGCAAAACAACUAAAUACUGAAGUUGGUGUAGCAGGCAAUGAUCAACGGUCUAGUGAACCUGUUUCGGUUGGUUCUUCCCGAAGAAAAUCUGAUAGAGAUAAUGGACAGGUUCAGUUAACUCAAGGUCAUGCCUCUGAUGGUAUUCAUCUUGAAAGGGGUUUGAAUGAGGACCUGCAGCCUGAAUCUGGGAGAAAGGAUUCCAAUGUAAAGAGCUCCCAUAUUCCUAAAGGUUCUCACCAUUUGCAUUCUGGUGAAAAAAAUAACUAUAAUACAGAUGGCUCUCCUAUGCAAUCAGGAAAGCAUCCUGUUGAUCCAAAGACAUCAGUCUUGGAUAAAGGUGAUUCAAGUAUGCAUGAAAAUAACAAAAGCACAAAUUCUCAUCAGGAUAGAAAUGGAUCAACUCAUUGCCCACCAGAUGGAAAUCCUCUGCUCGGUUUACGAUCUGGAAAAGAGAAAUCAUAUCUCAAGAGCAACAAGCAAGAUUCACAGAAGCCUAAACCCCAGAUGGUCUGCUCACCUCAGAAAGAAAGCAAAUUAGAUUCCCAUUCCACUCCAUUAAAACCUAAUGGGUCAAAAUUGACUCCACAAUCAAGACAAUACAAUGCUGAAAAUGGAGGGCGACAUGGCACUGCAAAACAUGCAAUUCCUAGUCCUGCUGAUACUUCUAGUCCAGCUAUGAAGGACAAUACUUCAACUGCAUAUGCUCUCAAAGAAGCCCGGGAUUUAAAGCAUAAGGCGAAUCGUUUGAAGGGAGAAGGAAAAGAGCUUGAAAGUACAAGACUCUACUUUGAGGCUGCCUUAAAAUUUUUGCAUGUUGCAUCACUUUUGGAACCUCCUAGCUUUGAUGGUUUCAAACAAGGGGAUGCAGCCCAGAGCAUGUAUUCAGAUACUGCAAAACUUUGCAACUUUGUUGGUCAUGCAUAUGAAAAAUGCAAGAAGAUGGCUGCUGCUGCUUUAGCAUACAAGUGUGUUGAAGUUGCUUAUCUGAAGGCUGCAUACUACAAACACCCAACUGCAAGCAAGGAUAGACAAGUGUUACAGGCAGUUGUACAGACUGCACCAGGUGAAUCACCAUCAUCUUCAGCCUCAGACAUUGAUAAUUUAAAUAACAAUGGAUUAUCCAAGGGCUCUUCAAGCAAGGAUGCUAAUUCGCCACAAGUGGCUGGAAAUCAUUUGUUGCUGGCCUCUCGAAAUCAACCACACUUGAUGCGGUUACUAGCUUAUACAAAUGAUGUCAAUAGUGCCUUUGAGGCUACUCGGAAGUCACAAAUGGCAAUUGCUUCUGCUGCUGGCAAUCAUGAAAAUGGAGAUGAUGGUCUUUCUUCAGUAAAAACAGUACUGGAUUUUAACUUCCGAAGUGUGAAUGAUCUACUAAGGCUUGUGCGGAUUUCAAUGGAGGCUAUCAGCUGCUGA